AUGGGCCAGACAAACACCAACAAGAUAAUCCCAAUGACAAUAUUGUCGACCGUCGAUUCUAGUACAUUCGAAGUUUUCUCUGCAAAAAAAUUCCCCGGGAUGAUCGACACCACCCCCCUGUCCCGUUGUUUUGGCGAACAGGGGAUUAAGAUUCCCACGAGAAGCGAUAAAAAAGUUAAGCGCACCUCAAUCGAGUAUAAUCC